AUGGAGGAUUUUGAUAAUCAAAAAUUACGAGCUCUUGAAAUUCAGGUAUUUUGAUAUUCGGUUUAUAAACAAUGUAUUUAAUCAAAGAGAAUAUGGAAAUUUAUUUUGUUUUUCCUGUAAUUUGUUUCGUGUCAUAAUAUUGUUUUUAAUUUGUUUUAUAUAUACGCAGACUGCUAAAGACCACAAGAAGUUUGCUCGUAAAGAAAUCCCCGCAGUUAAGAAAACCAUCGGUGAGGUUCAAUGCAUGCAUGAACACACUAGUGACACUUCUGGUGGAACUAUUAUUCCAAGUAUGCAGUGUCAAUUUUUAUUAUUUUUAAUCCGUUAAUCAAAAAAAAAUUGAUUAAAUAUUAUAUUAGUUUAUAAACAAAAAUGAAAUAUACAAUCCACAUUAAAACUUUCAAAUUAGCCGAUAUGUUAAAUAUAGUAAUCUAAAACAUACAGAUUUUAUUGCAUUAAUUUAAUCAUUAGUUGAAUAGGGUUAUAAUUUAUGGUCACCUUACACAACAAUUUUAUUUCAACAUUUAUAAAAAUAAAUUAAUUUCAUUUCAUUUCUUUUGGUAUACUUAUACUUGAUUUGAUAUUAUUAUAGUUUUUAAACAAACAUAAAGUACGCAAUCCGCAAUUUCAUAUUCAAUAAAAUGUAAAAAAUAAAUAAAUGCAUACACUUUUAUUAAAUUAAAAUAAAUGCAUGCAUGUAAUGCUAGAAACCGUUCAAAUUUUUUUUUUCGUUUUAUUUUUAUUAUUUGGUUUUUGUCCAUAAAUAUAUUUUCAUUUCAUUGAUAAUUCCUCCCAAAUAUUCCGUUAAAAUACAAUGAUUAAUGUCUGUAAUAAUAUUAAACACACAGUGUCGUCACAAAUUGUGGAUGAACAUAUUGUUGUAAAAGCGUACAAUCAAGAGCUUCAAGUUAAAUCAGAUACAUACGCAUCAAAACUAAAAAAACCUAAAAUUGAUCUCGAAAGGCAACUACCUCCGAUCAUACCACCGAAAACGGAUGAUCAGGUAAUUUUGUUUUAA